CCCCUGGAGACCGGGCUCAUAUCCACGAGUCUGCGUUACCCAUCCUCAAUAUCAUUAACGAGCAACUCACACGGAUGAAGCAGACGACGCAACCCCAACAAAGACGAAUGCCCGAUGACCUUCAGCGCCGGAUCAAUUCUCUAUUCGAUGCUUUGAAUUGUGAAACAUUAUCCAAGCCUGUAGUUGACCAGUUGCUUGUUUUGGCCAGAGCCAUGGAGGCGCAUGACCGAGAUGCCGCAUUGUCUAUACAUGUCGACCUUCUCACUCGUGGCUCGCAGACAGACGACAUUGGCUUGUGGAUGUCGGCGAUCAAGCAGCUCAUUAUUCGCAUGUAAAAGUCUGUUACGAGUCGGCUUGAAAUGUGUUGUUUUACUAUCCACAGGAC